GUCCGAACUCGCCAGUCGACAGUUGACACUGAGCAGUGAGCACUCGGUGAUUCGGUUAACUUGAUAAUCUAAAAUAAGUUGUGUUUGUCAGUUGAAUUGUUUUUCAAGUCGGUGGUCGCGUCGAACGACUGACGCUUUCAUAAUAUUUGUGAAUGAAGUUAACUGUGUUAAGUGUUUACGUUGUUACGUUCAAACAAUGCAGUGAUAAUUUUACGUGAAAGUUAUUCGUGUUGCAAUGGCGAUGGGCGGUGCUAUGGACAGCUGCGGGCGUUGCAUGAAGAUCUCGCUGGUCGUGAUCAAUCUAGUCACAUUUCUUGGUGGUCUAAUAGCAGUAGCUAUUGGACUAUGGAUAUGGGUGUCCCGUUCGUUCUCCAGCACUUUGAUGAGCAAUAACAUGUACAUCGCUUCUGUUGCCGUGGUCAUAGCCAUGGGGGCUGCUAUCAUGCUGCUGUCAUUCCUGGGAUGCUGCGGCGCCGCAAAGGAGGUCAAAUGUAUGCUACUUACGUACUACAUCCUCGUGUUCAUAAUUUUCGUGGCGAUGCUGGUGGGAGGCAUUCUACUGUUCGUGUUCCGUGUUAAAGUCGUGUCGACUUUAGACCGCGAGAUGCAGGCCUCAAUCCCCUACUACGGCACGAGGCGAGAGUACACCCAGGCCUGGGACGACACGCAGACAAACCUGCAGUGCUGCGGCGUGAAGAGCUAUAAAGACUGGAACGAUAAUGUUCCUGAGAGUUGCUGCAAAGAAGUUUAUCCCGGAAAAAGACUUGACUGUAGAAGCUCUCCUAAUCCAACAACGAUGCACAUGGACGGUUGCUUUCAUAAAACUUCAGAAAUACUUCGCGAGGACGCUAUCUACGUCGGAGCUGUGGCGAUCAUCGUGGCAUUGACUAUGAUAUUAGCACUAGUAUUCUCGUGUGGACUUUUCGUGAAAAUCCAGUGAAAGAGACGUUUUAUAUUAAGUGCCUUGACAACAAUAAUUAUUAAUUAGGUAUAUUUUUGAUUUGUUACUGAUUGAAUGCAUUAUCUAGAUGUUGGUGUAUUAAAUCUUACUAUUUUUGUA